AUGAAUCAGUACUCUUCCGAGAGCACGCAUCUGAAGUCUCCGAUGAAACUUCGUUGGCCACCAAAGUGUGAAAUCGGUGCUCCCAAUGUGGCUUACACGAUUAAUUUCGUUAAAUUUUUGAUGAUGUGGUCAUGAAAAACCCUCGGGCAACGUUUUCAUCACGAAAUAACGGAAGAUGAUUUUGAUUCUCACUUGUAGCACGCAUAACCAACCGCAACACGAAAAAUGCAAAUUUCGUACUGAUGCCGGCAUUUUUUUGAGAAUUUUUUGUUGCUCUUUGCAAGUUUUGCUCAUGAUAAACACGUUCAUGAAGAAAAACGGAAAGAUAAAUCAGUAUUCUUCCGGCGGCGUUCCGAGCGCCACACCAACUCUCAUUUCGCUUCUCGAGCGACAGUAGGCAAGCGAGAGAGUGCGAGACAAGGAGAAUGCUGCCGGCGACGCAGAGAGCACGCGUAAUUGCUUGCGCUUUUCUCGUGCCGGAGGCCGUGGCAGAGAGGGUUCAAGAGUUCAUGACGGAUGCACUGAACAAGGACAUAAAAUGGGCAACAAAGGAACACUGAGAAAUGGAAAAAUCAGGCUGAAAAGAUGCUUACACACUGCAAAAUUCCCAUUCCAAGAGACAUCAGCACUUGACUUCCACUGAAUUCACGUGCACUUAAUUCUCACUUUCGAACCUUUUCGUCCCUGGAGAGACAAGUUUGAUGCGGAUUUCUGAAGUUGACAGAAUACUUUCGUGGAAUGUCAUCUGAUUACAGCACUUCGUUAGCAGCGGCACGUGCAAGCCGCAAAUGCUGAAUUUUGCAAGCUAUAAUUAACUUAUCAGGAAAAGUUCACCAAUGAGAAAACAAAAAAUAAGGUUGAAUUCACUUUACCAAAGCGUCUUCUUACUCAUAGUGCCGUGAGAUAAUUCAAUUGCAAUAUCCGCGAAGUUUAUAUUUUGCUCACUAGUUAGCCGCGAUGCAAACCGAGCAACUUUUGGGUCUCACUAUCGUUCCGGUAUGAAUAUCUAUCGUUUUACUCUUUUCUCAGACAAUAUCAAUUCAGGUGGCUCUUUGGGAUUCAUCUUCAAUUUGGUCAUUUUCGUCGUGGCCUGUCGUAUCAAGACCCUCAGCGAGUCGUUCGCGAUUCUCGUGUCCACGAUGGCCGCGGCAGAUGGUGUCGUUUGCGGUCUUUUCCUUCUAUACGCAUGUCCUAUGAUUAUACUGUAAGUUGAAUCAUAAUGUAGUUCAAUAUGGACAAUCGAGAACGUCUCAGGAACAUAACAAUUCUGAAGCAGUACUCCUAUCAUUGUGGAUUCGCUCUAGCGUUGGCCUACGACAUUUCCAUCACGACACAUGUUGUGAUUGUCGUCAACCGAUUUCUUGCAGUUUUCACUCCAAUCACUUAUAAAAGAGUUUUUGGGUAAAAAAAAGAGAUUGAAAAAUGACGCAAGUGCAAAGCAGUUCCAGAAUACAAACCACAAAAUUGAUCGUUUUCGUGACGGUGUCUGUGACAGUUGCUAUAAUUUUCGUAUUCUUCCAAAUCUGUAAGUACCAGUGCCCAAGAAUUUGAACACUUUCUCUUUUCCCCCAGUUGGAUGUCAGCUCUACUAUGAUCAAGAGUUUUGGAUGUUCUUUUAUUCGGAUCAAAAAAUAUGCGUUUGGUACGCAACGAAUCUGGGCGAUCGGAAAAUGUUCGCGUCUGCCGUGCUCACAAUGGCGCUCAAUCUGAUGAUCAUUGCAAAAGUGCACACUGCGCGGAAGAAGGUCAGUUUUUGAAAGGAACCUUCUCGUGUAAAGUAUUUUUUUUCAGUUGAAUCAUGGGCAAGUUUCCGUGGCCAACAAGAAGAGAGAGAUGAACUUUCUGAAGCAGACAAUAGGCCAAGGCACUUACCUAUUCGUCUUUUCUAUCAUCUUCCUGUACGUAUCAUCUCUCACCAGCAACAAAAUACUCGGUUUCAUCAUCGGAUCGGAUAUCUGGUGCAGUCUGCACACUCUCGACGGGUACGAAUACUUUUAAAGUGUUUUGUUUGUUACCUGUCCCUUUCAGAUUGUUCGUUCUCAUCUACAAUUCCGAAAUACGGGAAGUUGUCAUUGGUCCGAAGGAUGGAUUGUCGAAGCGUGCCUCUCGAGUCACUCUCACAUAA